AUGAGCACUCGAUCUGUUUCCCUGCCUCUUCUUCUUCAUCUUUCGGUUCUUGUUGCAUGCAUUUAUUCUUCUUUUGGUGAGGGUGGUGAUGAUUAUUGCCCUUAUGGAGGUUGGCGCGGUUGCAAGAGCUUUUUCGGCCAAUUUGGAGGUGGCGGAGGUGGUGGAGGUGGAGGUGGAGGAAGUAGUGGUACUCGGGGAAGUGGUUCUGGUCAUGGUGAAGGUUUUGGAGCGGGGUUCGGUUUAGGUGGGGCAGGAGGAGGAGGAGGAGGAGGAGGCGGCGGCGGUGGUGGAGGAGGAAGUGGUGUUAGUGGAGCUGGAUAUGGGCACGGAAGUGGUUUUGGUGCGGGUGCUGGGUUUGGUGGACGAAACGGAGUUAACGGCUUUGGUGGUGGAGGCGGUGGAGGUGGAGGCGGUGGAAGAGGAGGUUCUGGGUCGGGUCAUGGAAGUGGAUUUGGUGCAGGCGUUGCUGUAGGAGGCUUCGGCGCCGGAAUGGGAAUGGGGUUCGGGUUUUCUAUGGGAGGCGGCGAUGCUGCCGGAGUGGAAAACAGUGGGGACGGACAACCCUAA